AUGCAACCAACCCCGCAAUCUUCAGGAUCACUCCUUUGCCCACAUAUGUCCUUUCCCUCGCCUAUAUCCUAUCUUGAUCCGAUGAUGUACAUUGAAAGUCUGGAUAGAAUUGAGAUACGAAGGCUGAAAAAAAAUAGCCAAGCAAUUUUAACUCCUGUACACCACAAAUUUCUCUCUCUCUCUCUCUCUCUCUCUCUCUCUCUCUCUCUAUCUCUCUCUCUCUCUCUAUCUCUCUCUCUCUAUCUCUAUCUCUCUCUCUCUCUCUAUCUCUCUCUCUCUCUCUCUCUCUCUCUCUCUCUCUCUCUAUCUCUAUCUCUAUCUAUCUCUAUCUCUAUCUCUAUCUCUCUCUCUAUCUCUCUCUCUCUCUCUAUCUCUAUCUCUCUCUCUCUCUCUAUCUCUCUCUCUCUAUCUCUCUCUCUAUCAUGCAUUUUUGCUGUUGAUAUAACUAGUUACCAACUUAAUGUACAUCCUUUGUAUGUUUACAACAGAUUGACUAUUCACACUGAUUGUUUUCAUCUAAGUGGAACGGUCACAGAACCUGCCAAUCCCUUGUAUUCAGAACCAGAAAAAACAUAUAAAGUUUCUAUAAGUUUUGAUAGGUGUAAAAUCACUUCAGUAAAAUGUGGUUGUGGAAACAAAGAUAUAUUUUGGUGCCAGCACGUCGUUGCUUUGUCAUUAUACCGGAUAAGAAAGGCGGACAUUGUACAACUCAGAGUACCAAUAUCAGAAACGUUACUGCAGAUGAGUCGAGAGCAACUGCAGAAGUUUUCACAAUAUUUGAUUGCCGAGCACCACACAGAAGUGUUACCCACAGCACAGAAAAUUGCAGAUGAAAUCUUGCAGGCCAAGUCAGAAAUAAACCAGUUACCAGGUGCUCCUGAUCCAACGGCAGGGGCUUCAGCAGAAGAUGACCAUAGUUGGCACCUGGAUGAGGAACAGGUUCAGGAACAAGUCAAGACAUAUCUAUCUCAGGGAGGAUAUUGUACCUCAGCCAAUCAACUCAAUUCCAUGUUUUCAAAGAUCCGAGAGAUGCUACGUGUGAGAGAUUCCAAUGGUGCUAGGAUGCUGACACUGAUAACAGAACAGUUUCUUGCAGACCCCAGACUGCUUCUCUGGAAAUCUCAAGGAGCAACAAUGACAGACAAAUGUCGGCUCUUAUGGGAUGAACUUGGUGUCUUGUGGAUCUGUGUGGUCUUAAAUCCAUCUUGUUCCCAGGGAGAAAAAGAUCACUGGCGCCGGCUGCUUGAACAGUGGUCGUCCGUCCCGAUGUGCCCUUUGGAAGAUGCUGACACCCGGUAUCAGAUAGAUAAUCCUGCCGAUGAUGACAGUUCUGAUGAGGAAAAUCCUGGUUCCUCCCGGAGACCCUCCCGCCCAAAGCCACGUACAAUAUUCCAUCGUUCCUUGGAAGCAAGUCAGCUGAGCUGGAAUGACAAGCACCUCCAAUUGAUCCUCAGUGAAGAUUGUGGAUAUCAUGAAGACCAGUGGGAUUCUGACCAUUUUGACUCACAGGGACUCGCUCUUUGGCAUGAACCAAUUCCAAUUGCCUGUUCUCGAGUUGAUGCUCUUCGAUCACAUGGUUAUGCAAAAGAAGCCUUGCGUCUUGCAGUCGUCAUUGUACGAACGAUGAAAAGACAACAGCGACUUAACCAGGACAAAUAUCGGUUCCAGCAAUUGCCAGAAGCCUUGCUGCCCGUAUCGUCAUCACAAAAUUCCAGAAAUCAGAGGUAUAAUUUGAUUUGUUGGGGCCUUCCAGGUAUGCCAAGCACAAGUGAUGGGGCUACCUAUAAUAAAAUACAACAAGCCCAAGUGCCCACAGAACGAGAGGGUUGGCUUGGGCAUCCCCUCGAUCCAGUUGGGAUAUUGUUUGAUACAUUGGCUGAUGUAUCCAAAAUUAAAGACGAUAGCACUAAUAUUUCUGCAACAAGUCCAGUUUCCAGCCGAAACAUAUUCAACAGUAGCACAACAAAUAGCAACAGCACAAUAACCACCCCAGCCAACAACAACAAUAUGGACACAAAUGCCAGUGGGUCCUGCCCAACUUCAAUUCCAAGCAUACAGCGGUAUAAACAUGUUCCUAUCCCAGGUUGCCGAGACCGCAAUGAAUCUUACCUCACUCUUGCCCUUGAAGUAGCACUUAUUGGUCUUGGACAACAACGACUGAUGCCUCCUGGACUGUAUGCUCAGGAGAAAACAUGUAAGCAAGAAGAUAAGUUAAUUGCUCGCCUUCAGGAAAUUGAACUUGACACCACCCUUGUGGCCAUCCUCAGGAAACAGGCUGUCCUCCUUUUGGAAGGUGGCCCUACUAGUGGCCUGGGCCUCGGAGUACAUACAGAAAGUUAUCCGAUGCAUGCGUUUGCCCAAUACCUCUUUAUCAACCUUAUUAAUUAUGACCAAGACCUUGCCUUUAGAGUCGGACUUCGAGCCAUGCGCUUGCCAAUCCUUGAACAUGAAGAUGAAGAUCUCGAUGUUGUGAACAACAUGGGUCCAGUGGUAUUCAAUCGAUUUCCACGCUGGUUCAUCCUGGGACACAUUGAAACCCAACAAUGCGAACUGGCUUCGACAUUACUUGCCCAUGCUAAAACUUGCCCAAGAAGCUUUCAAAAUUGCCACCCUGUUGAUAACCACAAACACAUUCAUGUCUUGAAUGCUGCCUUUGAACUGGGCUUGCAGGUGAUGCGAAUGACUCUCACCACUCUGAAUUGGCGUCGUCGAGAAAUGGUACGAUGGUUGGUAACCUGUGCCACAGAAGUGGGAGUUGCAGCCCUUACCAGCAUAAUGCAGAAUUGGUUCCAGUUGUUUGCACCUAUGGAAGCCACAACCACUGUAGCGACGACAAUCAUGUCCCCAGCCACAGUCAUUCAAUUAAAUUUAACCUACCAACAGCAGGAAGAACUUGCAAAGUGUGCUCGUAAUUUGGCUCUUCAGUGUGCCAAUAAGGACCCACCCAGUUGUGCCCUGGGAGCUCUGAACCUCUGUGAGAAGGACCCUGUUGCCUUUGAGACUGCCUACCAGAUUGUCAUUAAAGCUGCAUCUCAUGUAAUGAACUCUACGCAGCUGUUCAACAUUGCACGGUACAUGGAACAUCGAGGUUACCCUCACCGUGCAUACAAGCUCUCCUUGCUUGCAAUGAAGAACUUGCACCUAGCAUACAAUCAAGACACUCACCCUGCCAUAAAUGACAUCCAUUGGGCAUGUGCCCUGAGUCACUCACAAGGAAAGAAUGAACUUUCUGAUAUGCUGGAUCUCCUCGUGAAGAAUGUACAAUGUGCUAAUGUUCUUUCUGACAUUCUUCGUCGGUGUACUUUAACCGCGCCCGGAAUUGCCAAUACCGAUGGCAAGCGACGUUCAAUGAAACUGUUGUCCUAUGAUCGGGCCCCCCUACGACAGCUGAUGGAGGCAGCUAUUUGUGCUUAUAUAAAUACUACACACUCUAAAUUGACUCAUAUCAGCCCUCGACAUUAUGGAGACUUUAUAGAUUUCCUUAGUAAGGCCCGUGAAACAUUUUCUCUUGCCCACGAUGGACAUAUACAGUUUAAUCAGCUAAUAGAAAAUAUGAAACUAGCUUAUAAAGAAUUUUAUAAGCAGCUGACUGCAGUUAUCUCCCCUUUCUUUUUUAUUUGCUCACCAUGGGAUAAAACAAAUACCUUUCUUUCCUCCCUUUUCCCCACCCAGACAUAA